UGAAAAUCAUGUGUGUCCUGUCUCAGAACUGUACUGUUGAAUGUUUAUCAAGUUGUAAAGGUUGCCCAGUAACCAGUAACCCAUAAAUGUUAGUGAAUUGAAGAUAAUGACGGUUGUUGUUUAUGGUUUUUAAGUGUUAAAGAUCAAUGCAGGACAGUGGGGGAUAGCAACCGGUAGCAGGUGCAGAUUAUUAUAAAGAUUAAAAAUUUGGACACACUUACAGCAGACUGAGGGGUAAUCUCUUACCUUCAAUUAUUUCAAUCUCCAGGAUUAAAAAUUGCAAGAGAUGGACAAAAGAAUAGCAAAGGGAAGGGUAAUAAAUCUCUGUCUCUUGUUUGUUUUUUCUUCCCCGUUAUUGCAUUCAUAUAUCUUUCAGUGGUAGAUAUCAUGAAUAUAUUGGUCUUGAAAAGUGACAGAGAAACAAACGUGUAGAUUCCUUCUGCUUUCGAUGAUUAGUGAGUGAUAAACACUGAAAUGCAUAUAAAAAACCCUAAAACCGGGAGGAUGAUGUCCUCACUUGCUCUUAUUCAAUCUUCUGGGUUUUACUUUUGGGCCUCAUUUGUCUAGAAAACAUUUGAGAUUUACUAGUUUUGUACUGAGUGUGGGUUGGUAGUUGAAUUUCAGAAGACUCAACAACUUUUAGAGUUGGGAUCCGGUGCUUAGAAAUGGAAAUUUAGGAACCCAAUCUAAGGUUUUUAUGUUCUCAGCUAUAGGACUGAAAAUUGGAAAGCUUAUGAAGGUAUGCGGGCAACUUUGAGAUUAGAGUCCUGGAAUCCAUAAGAUUUAGUAGCUUUUAGAAAUGGGUUUAGGGUUUUAGGGGCUGAAGUAUAGAUAUAUUACAGAAUUUGCUACUUUCGGUGGUGAGAAUUUUGUUCUUGAGGGGGCAGAAAUUCAGGAUGCCCAAGAACUUACUGGUUUAAAAAUGGGAUCUGGGUUCUAGAUGUUGAAUUUCUGACCACCCACAUAGGUUUUUCUAGCUCUCAGAGGUGGUUCAAGGUGUUGAGAAUGUUUGAUGGAAGCAUAGUGAUGUCUUUCUGCACAUGGAAUUGCCCAACAUAUCUGGUAUGUAGUGUAAACAAAUAUAGGAACCAGUGUAGAACCAGGGCAUAUCCAGCUCUGGCCGUACAACCAUCUUCAAUUCUCUUGCACACUGAUGAUAAUGGUAAUUGGGUUGAAUGUAAGAGGAGAUCUGGUUCACGUUCAGCUCCAUCUAGCAAUCAGACAUCUAGUUCCUUGCUCAGCCAAGCCAAUACAGUAGGUAUAAUCGGAGGGGUGUCAGCUGUUUCUACACUGAAUUUCUUGGAAAAACUCAUCUUUUGGAGUUCAAAGGAUGGAGAAGAGAACCUUCCUUUUGUUGUCUGCAGCGAUCCAGUGUUAAACAAGGAGCUUUUGUCCCAUGAGAGGAGUGGUUUUCCUUAUCUUAAUACCAAAACUGCCCCUGCUCAAUUGGAUCAUACUUCUGUUGUGGAGAAUUUGCAACAUAAAAGGGCUUUUCUUGAGCACUCAGGAGCUCGUUGUAUUGUUAUGCCUUGUCAUAUUUUGCACAAGUGGCACGGAGAGGUCUCUCAAGGCUGCUCUAUACCCUUCCUUCAUGUAGGUGAGUGUAUUGCAUUGGAGCUCAAGGAAGCAAACUUGAAGCCAGUUGAAGCUGGGAGUAAUGUGCGGAUUGGGGUCCUUGCCACAGAUACAACUUUAGCAGCUGGUUUCUAUCAGGAGAAACUUGAGACUCAGGGAUUUGAGGUUGUGCUGCCAGACAAAGCAACCAUGGAGCACACAGUCAUUCCUGCUGUUGAAGCUUUGAACAGGAAGGAUAUGGAAGGAGCAAGAAAUCUCUUGAGAAUUGCGCUUCAGGUUCUUCUGGUGAGAGCUGUGAACACUGUCAUCAUUGCAUCUGAUGACAUGCAGGGUCUUUUGCCUCAGGAUGAUCCUCUUCUGAAGAAGUGUAUAGAUCCAAUGGAUGCUUUGGCCAGGUCAACCAUAAAGUGGGCUAAAUCUACUGGGAAGAUGCACAAGGACACUUUAAUGGAACUAUACUGAUGUUCUGUGAAUGGUUGCUGCUGAUAAUCAUGAGACGGUGUUUUGGUGGGGUAAUCUUCUAUGUAUAAAGAAAAUCAAUCAUUGUUUCAUAUAGUUGUAUCAUUUAAUCAUUAUAAGCACAGCCAAAUAGAAGAAAGCACAAAUAUGAUUGCCGCUUCCCUGUAUAUGGGGUUUCUAUCCCCUAUUUGUUGUAUUCCUUCCUCUUAUUGGUAAAAUAUUCUAUUUAUUCAAUUGGAAAAUGCAAUUAGAGCCUUA